AUGUCGACCACGAUGGAGCUCAACGAGUCUCACAUCCCACUUCUCCAUGGCUUCCUAUCAACCAUAAUAGCCCGCCUUGAGCAGCUUUUGUCUCGUUUCGCUCAGCUCUCUGAACUGAGCGAUAUGGUACCCGAAUCAGACAGGGAGUUGCGCUGGCAGAUGGAUCUCCUCCUUCUCCAUUGCAGCAUGGAACUCUCCUGGUGCGUCCAGACUUACGAAACGUACAAGCAACUUCAGGAUAUGAUCCUACCAUCGUCAUCCACGGUUGCCGGCCUCUGGGCUGAGACGUAUGGGUUGUAG